AUGCCAUCAGACAACCACGGUAAUCAGUACUCCUUCAAGGGCUCUGGCACCAACAGCCAGGGUAACCACUACUGUGCCCGUGACUUUGGACCGGGGGCGUCUAACUCCAAUUCCUACCAUUACUCGAACCAGGAUGGCUCGUACUACUACUCCAACCCCGAUGGCAGCACCUACUACAACAACGGACAGGGAAAGGCGUGGUACAAUCCCCUUUCCAAGAAGUAG